AUGGCGAGCAAGACGAACGUCGAGGAAGUAUGGCACGACUACUGGCUGUACGAUGGGCCUCUGCAUGAUAUAGAAGACAAGCACAGAGUCUCCGACGAGCACGAGUUCCAAUACACGUGCAUCAUCAUGAAUGUCUUGAGGUUAAACAACGCUGCGUCCGUUGGAAAGACCGUGAGAUCCUUGACUGCAUCGGGGCCAUCCGAGAUCUUAGACGCGUACGGAAUGAUCGAUAUUCUCGUCAACGAUAAGCGUCAGUCGAUGAACCCCGACCCGCUGGACAACAAAAGGACGUACCUGUUCAUCUGGUCGACCGGCAUCUGUGUCGUCCACGCGGGGUCCAUCAUGGAUAGCAGAAAGGUCGUCGUUGAUUCCACGGCGUUUCAUUGGGCUCUGGGCACGAGAAAGUGCAUAAGGUACUACGUGGCAAUGGGCCUCACCGGGCUGAUAGGGGAGAAGACUUUUCUCUACGAUACCGAGCACCCAGACUCCGUUGACAAGCUAGAAGCGGACAUGUUCAUGACGACGUUCUCGUGCUCCGAAACAUCGCAUCACGAGCCACACCUCAACGCCAGGUUUUCGGCGGCACUCAGGGCGUCUCUUCCGUACUGCAUCGCCCACAAGUACUCUCACGCCCCUGAGACCGAGCUUGAGACGUCAUUCGUCUCGGUUCUGUGGGCUGAACUGGGUAUGAACCUCGUCGUCCCAUUCUUCACAUCGGUGAAUUCCCCGUUGUUCAUCGCAUAUGGCACGGUUGACAGGGAUAUGCACAUCUUCAUGAUUUUGACCUCGUUCACCAUGAUGGUCGGGCUGUCGAUUCUAGUGUUCACGGAGUUCUGCAAGAAGGAGAUUCAAACAUCAGUUGACUCGCCCCCGAUGCUGCUGGUAGACUAA